AUGGCAAAGCAUAUUCUCCUCACAGCCUUGGCUGUUCUGCUGCAGGUACAACUAGGUUCAGCCUAUAAGCUAGUGUGCUACCUUACCAACUGGUCUCAGUAUCGACCAGAACCAGCCAAGUUCUUCCCCAAGGAUAUGGACCCAUGUCUGUGCACACACCUGAUAUAUGCUUUUGCCACCAUGAAUGACAACAAGAUUGCUCCCUAUGAAUGGAAUGAUAUUGAUGUCCUGUAUCCUGAGUUCCAAGCCCUGAAAGAACACCACAAAGAUCUGGUCACUUUGCUGGCUGUUGGUGGCUGGAACUUUGGCACUCAGAAAUUCACCACCAUGGUCUCCUCAGCUGCCAACCGAAAAAUCUUCAUCUGUUCUAUCAUUGACUUCCUUCGUCAACAUGAAUUUGAUGGCAUUGACUUGGAUAUCGAAUAUCCAGGGUCCAGGGGAAGCCCACCUGAGGACAAACAGCGAUUUACCAUCCUGAUUAAGGAAAUGAUACAGGCUUUUGAAGAAGAGGCUGAAGAAACAGGAAAACCCAGACUGCUGAUCACAGCAGCUGUGUCUGCUGGCAAAGAGACCACUGAUGCAGGAUAUGAAAUUGCAGAGAUUGGAAAGCUUCUUGAUUUCAUAAGCGUGAUGACCUAUGACUUCCAUGGUGGCUGGGACCCAUGUACAGGACACAACAGUCCUCUGCACGUGGGAUCCAAGGAUCAAGGCAACAUGCAUUAUUUCAACUGUGAAUAUGCCAUGAAGUACUGGAGAGACAAUGGGGUCCCUUCAGAGAAGCUCAUCAUGGGGUUCCCCACCUAUGGGAGGACCUUCCGGCUCAGCACUUCUGACACCUCAGUCUGUGCCCCAGUCUCUGGAGCAGGGUCAUCUGGUCCUUACACAUGUGAGGCUGGCUUCUGGGCUUACUAUGAGAUUUGCACCUUCCUAAGUGAAGCCACAAAUGCCUGGAUUGAAGACCAAAAGGUUCCAUAUGCUUAUAAAGACACUGAGUGGGUUGGCUAUGACAAUAUUAGGAGCUACAAAUAUAAGGUUGACUUUCUUAAGGAGAACAAUUUUGGUGGGGCCAUGGUUUGGGCCAUGGACCUGGAUGACUUCUUAGGCUCCUUCUGCAAGGAGGGCAAAUAUCCACUCAUACGCGAGCUGCAGUCACUCCUGGGCCUGUCGUCAGCUGGGUCACUACUGAGUUCACCACAUUGUUCUAAAGAUGAUGCAGGUCAAGCUGCAAGAAUGACAACUGCAGAGGGACAAGAGUGCAUGAGGCAGCCACAGAGCAUCUAGACCCUCACAUGGGAAAAAGGGACAGGUUUAUAGGAAGAAGCUUUUUAGAAAUGCAUUCUUCAAUCAAAGAGGCCAGUCUAAGUUCAGUAGCUAUGUGGGUAAGGUUUUGAAUAUACCUUAUACCUCAGAGAUGGGCUUUUCUUCUCAGGAAAACUUUGUCUGGGAGGAAGAAUCAGAUCCUUCAAAGUGAGUCUGAUGUAUGUGCUAACAUUUUAUCUAAGGUAAACUGCAUCUCUCUCAGUUCUGAGCACCAUAUCCUAACUUAGAAAUAGGCAGGCUGGCUUAGCCACUUCCCUCCUGCCUUAAAGGCAGAUAUUGUCUUUGGCUGCUAGUGGUGAGGGUUGGAGGUAGGUCUUGAAGAAGAACAGGGAUAAAGACUCACAUUGCUGACUCAGUAGUGUGUGACAGUGUAUGUUCCUUGGCUAAGCAUCUCUGGAGAAGGCCUAAAGGUGGAGGCAGAGGUAAAGAAGUGGAAGAUAUAGGGUUCUCUAUGUCUCUGCUUUCAGGAAAUUCACAGAAUCAUUGUUUGUUUGUUUUUACUGUAAAACCUGUUAAAAGAUAAUUACAAAAAGAUGGGUUCAGGACUUUCCUGUUUGUCCAGUGGUUAAGAAUCUGCCUGCCAAUCCAGGGAACUUGGGUUUAAUCCCUGGUCUGGGAAGAUCCCACAUGCUGCAGGGCAACUAAGCCCAUGUGCCACAACUACUG